GGUGGAGCGAGCGGGCGAAGGAGCCCAGCGGGACCUGGCUAGCGGAGCUUGGGGUCCCGCUCGCUCGUGCGACCGCCAUGAAGCUGACACGGAAGAUGGUGCUGUCCCGGGCCAAAGCCUCGGAGCUGGACAGUGUGCGAAAACUCAACUGCUGGGGCAGCCACCUCACAGAUAUCUCCAUAUGCCGCGAGAUGCCCAGCCUGGAAGUGAUCACCCUCAGCGUCAACGGUGUCUCCACCCUGGAGCCCAUGCGCCGCUGCCAUCACCUGAGCGAGCUCUACCUGCGCAAGAACCGCAUCCCCAGCCUGGCUGAGCUCUUCUACCUGAAGGGCCUGCCGCGCCUGCGGGUGCUGUGGCUGGCUGAGAACCCCUGCUGCGAGCCGGACCCCCACCUCUACCGCAUGACCGUGCUGCGCAACCUGCCCAGCCUCCAGAAGCUGGACAACCAGGCUGUGACCGAAGAGGAGCUGUCCCGAGCACUGAUGGAGGGGCACGAGAUCAUGGCCGCUCCGGCCACAGAGGACAUGGACAGCGAGCAGCCCGGGCUGCCCGACACCCUGAGCUCCAUAGACACUGUGGCUGAGACCGAGGUGGACCCGCUGGGCUUCAGUGCUGACAGUGCGAGCUGUGUCCAGGAGCGUCUGGGCCUGAGACCGCCAUCCCAGGGCCAGUCUUCCUCCUGCCCACCUCGAGAGGCCACCAGCAGCCUCAAGAGCAGGAACAAUGUGCUGACUGCCAUCCUGUUGCUGCUGCGGGAGUUGGAUGCUGAGGGCCUGGAGGUGGUCCGCCAGACGGUGGGCAGCCGCCUCCAGGCCCUGCACCGGCGGGGGGAGCUGCAGGAGGACGUGGAGUGAGCCCACCAGCCUGCUGGACUGUGUGACAGCAUCACCUCCCUGCUGGAAGUCCCAGUGUGUCCCCAGCACUGCUACUGCCCAGCCUCUGCCUGCCCCAAACUAAGAGGUGACUUCGGGCGGGGAGCCAGCACUGGAACUGUGUCUGUGAGAACCUCCUCACCACAGCCUCCCAGCUCCCUGCCCGGGAAGGCUCCGGACAGCCUCUCUGGCAGGAGAUGGGUGCAAUCAUGGGGCGGACCCAAGUCUCCUGCACUGACUGCUCCUGGGGACAGCUGUGCCGGUGGGGACAUGCCCAGGACAGCAGAACCUGGUGCCUUCCUGGCCAAACCACUGCCAGGCCUGAGCCUGGUCCCUGAGGCUGUGAGGGUCCCGGCUGGACUGGGCACAUCCUACAGUGGAAGGAUCUGAAGGCGAUUUCCCCAAUAAAGUAUUUUUCCAAAACCC